CUCUGCUGCAAAUGCAUCAUCUCAUUCAGGUGAGUAGCUAUGGAUCCCUAUCUCUGUAACCAGAAAUUUGAGUUUUCAUCAGCCAUAGGCUAUUUCUCCUAAAGGUGCUUCUUCUGGUGACGAAAAGUCCGUUAAAUCCACUCAACCAACUCUCUCUCUUCUCGUUACCCGCUGAUGUCGUUCGGUUAUAUUUGUCUGCAAUGCACAAUGGACGUCAAAAAUCCUUUUUAUGUGUUUUUUAUUUUAUUUUAUAUCAUCUCCUCUGAAAUGCUUCCCUCAAUUAUUACAAUAAAAUAAACACUAUUAAAUUAAGUUCAGUUGGAUCAUACAUAGAUAGAUGCCUUUGUCUUUGUCUCCUUUGUAUCUUUUCCAACAAAUCCAUCGCAUAGAAUCUCUCUCUCGCAAAAACAAUAACUACAAACAAGAACCCACGUUUUUCGGCCUCACCCGAACAAAAACAAAGAAAAAUAAAGACCAGCUAUUUGAGUAUUCAAAAACGUCCGGUACUUAUCCUCAAUCCCAGCGUCCGUCAAACAUGGGCAUCUUUAAUUUGAAGCCCAAAAGACUCUUGUCCCUUCUUCUCCUCCUCAUCACUCUCUCUGCCAUUAUUUGGCCUUCUUCUAUUGCUGCAGACGACGUGGUUCAGUAUGCUGCUUUUGAUACGGGACGUGGCGGAGGUAUUGGCGAUAUUGCCACGGGAAAUGCUCCAUUUCCUUCACCCCCACCCCCGUCACCUCCACCCUUGCCCAAUGGAAGACCAGGUUUCUCGCCGUUUAGGCCCGGCAUAGCGGUUAUAGUGGCCAUCUUGACCACCAUUUUCUCCGUCACCUUUCUCCUCCUCCUCUACGCCAAGCACUGCAAGCGUGGAAGCGUUGUCGUUAGCGGGCAAGCACCGCGGCCCUCGGCUGCCAGGAAGAACUCGGGCAUUGAACGGACCGUUAUAGAGUCCUUGCCCGUGUUCCGCUUCAGGUCCCUAAGGGGCCAAAAGGAAGGGCUCGAGUGCGCCGUCUGUCUCACCAGGUUCGACUCCGCAGAGGUCCUCAGGCUGCUCCCCAAGUGCAAGCACGCCUUCCAUGUUGAAUGCGUGGACACCUGGCUCGACGCUCACUCCACUUGUCCGCUCUGUCGUUACCGGGUCGACCCGGAAGAUGUGCUUCUCGUCGACGACCCCAAAAUUUUACCCCAAAACCAGCCCAUCCCAUCACCGGCGGAUGACUCCGUUGUCGCAGACGUCGAGAGCGGAAGAUUAUGUGAGGUUUCAAACAUACGGCGAAUUUCGGGUCGGCAUUCAUCUGCAGGAGAGAGGGGGACCGGGUUCUUGCAAAUGAUUUUGCAGAGAGCCAGCAACUCGGGUUCUCAGGAUCUGACGUCGUUUAGGAGAUCACUCGACAGUGCAGGUUCGAGAAAGAAGAGCGACUCCGUUGCCGUCGGAUGUUUUGACCGUCCCCGUAAGGAUGGGCUUUUGUUGACCGACGAGAGGACAGGGUUGGAUCGAACUAGGUUUGAGCACCGGAUCAAUGUGUCCCCCGCGUCGGGUGGUUUCAAUCAAAGGUGGAGCGAUGUACAGCCGUCUGAUCUGCUGUAUCUACGGUCAGAAAUGAUAAUAAGUAACAGCCGUAGAUUGUCGUCGUCAGCAUCGGGAUCUCGACCUUCAAUGACGCGGCAGCAUGGCAGUAGUAUUAUUGGCGGAAACGGGUGGUGGGGUGGCAGAAACGUAAUAAAUGCGAGAAGCGUGUCUGAAAUCACAGGCUUGAGUAGGUUCCAAAACCCCAGCCACCAAUACGAGCAGCAGCGGCAGCAGCGCGAGGAACAAGAACAAAGGCAGGCGGGGGUGGUAUCGAGGUGGUUGGCUUCGAUUUCUCAAACACGGCCAGCUGUACGGUCGGAACGUACCACUGCUACGAUUGCAUCUUAGCUUUAGUUCUUCGUACACUGUACACCAACAGCCUACAGGAAAAGAAAUAACUGCUUGUCUAUUUCCUUUUCCGUUUCUCUUUUUCGAGGAAUUUUGGCGUGGGUCGGGGCUGUUACAUUCAGGCUUGGGAGUUGGGAGGGACGGAUAUUGCAGACGACCGCGGACACCAUGGAGACAAUUUCUUUCCCACGGAUCAAUGAUCCCCGAUCGUUGGGUUUCAAAGUGAAAAAGAAUGAACACGCGAAAUACAUUUUCAAGAGUAAUGUUACUCUUAACAACAUUUACCGUACAGCACAAAGGGCAUAAUAUUCACGUAGAUUACUGAUGUGAAUAGCAUGUAUCAUAAAUUAUGAUUUAAUUUUAAAACUUCAAAAUGUUUAUGCUAACACAUGUAUGAUGAUAUGUCUGGCGUUAUGAGGUUCAUUAACUACUA